CAUCAUUGAUUUCAGCCACUUCUUUUAUGUUCCUUUGAUCCUCUUCUUCCUCUCGAUCAAUUUUUUAUUUAGUUCAAUCAAUGAAUCGAUCAAUCGAAGAUUAUCAUUAACAAAAAUUCUCAUCACCAUAAAAGAGAUAGUGGUAGGGGUUGACACUGAAAAGAUUAUGGUGAUAGUGACGAUUAAGGUUUCCAAAAGAUUUCAAGAUUUAAAUUUUGAGUUUUAAAAUUUUUUUAAGAGUUAAAGAGUUCGUUUAAAACAUUAGGGUCUGAUAUGUAAAAGAUUUAUUUUUUAUUUUUUAAAAAAUUAAUAUAUUAUAAAAUUAUAAUUUUAACCUUAAACUAUUACUAAAGUCGGUACAUUGUCUCUUGUCUCUAGCCUGUCAUAAUGGCCGCUAAAUAACAUAAUGUUUCAUAAAUUUUCUACCAAAGCUCGUGUAAAGAGAGAAAUUUGCACAGAGAAAAAAUGGACAAGGGCUUGUUGGAUAGAGAGGGAGAAGAAGAAAGAAGAGAAGCAAUUUCAAGUCCUGGAAAUGGAAGAAAUAAUAUUGGAGUGGGUGAAUAUGUUGAAGAAGUGAAGAAGCUGAGCUGCAUAGCAGGUCCCAUGGUGGCUGUGAACUUGUCUCAGUACUUUCUGCAAGUCAUCUCGUUGAUGAUGGUGGGACAUCUCGGUGAGCUCUUCCUCUCCAGCACCGCCAUAGCCAUCUCCUUCUGCGCUGUCACCGGCUUCAGCCUCCUUUUUGGAAUGUCAACUGCAAUGGAAACUAUAUGUGGGCAAGGAUUUGGAGCUCAGCAAUACAGAAAACUUGGGAUCCAAACUCAGACUGCCAUGUUUUGCCUGAUUCUGGUUUGUUUCCCAGUGACUUUACUGUGGAUUAACAUGGGGAAACUUCUGGUUUUAAUGGGACAGGACCCUCUAAUUUCAGCUGAAUCUGGUAAAUUUACAGUGUGGCUUCUUCCUGCACUUUUUGGCUAUGCAGUUCUUCAGCCUCUUGUUAGAUACUUUCAAGUGCAAAGCUUGAUCUCCCCCUUGUUCAUGAGCUCUUGUGCCACCAUUUGCUUCCACAUUUUUAUCUCUUGGGCUCUCAUUUUAGAGCUUGAGAUGAAGAACAUUGGGGCUGCCAUCGCGAUUGGGAUGUCAUUUUGGUUUAAUGUUUUGUUACUUGGAUUGUACAUGGUGUACUCUUCAAGCUGUGAGAAAACCAGGGUGCCUGUGUCAGUGGAGAUGUUCAGAGGAAUAGGAGAGUUCUUUCGCCUUGCCAUUCCUUCUGCAUUUAUGGUCUGCCUUGAAUGGUGGUCUUUUGAGUUUCUCACCUUGCUGUCAGGGCUUUUACCAAAUCCAAAGCUUGAAAGUUCAGUCUUAUCAGUGUGUUUAGAAACAAUCACAACACUUUUUACAAUACCUGACGGGAUCGGUAUCGCAGCAAGCACCAGAGUUUCAAAUGCAUUAGGAGCUGGAAAUCCAGAAGCAGCUCGCAUUGCUGUGCGCACUGCAGUAUUUCUUACAGUCUUAGAGACAGUCUUAGUAAGCUCAGUUCUGUAUGCAAGCAAGCAUAUUGUUGGUUACCUUUUCAGCAAUGACAAGGAAGUUGUGGAAUAUGUCACAACUAUGUCUCCUCUGAUAUGUCUGUGUGUAAUGUUAAACGGCUUCCAAGCAGUUCUUUCUGGCAUUGCCCGGGGCUGUGGGUGGCAGGACUUGGGGGCCUAUGUCAACCUUAUUGCAUACUAUCUUUGUGGGAUCCCAGUUGCUGCAAUUUUAGGCUUCUGGUUACAACUGAGAGGGCAAGGACUCUGGAUUGGCAUUCAAGUUGGAGCUUUUGUGCAGAGUGUUUUACUUGCUAUCUUAACAAGCUGUCAAAAUUGGAAAAAACAGGCCAUUAAAGCAAGAGAGAGGAUAUUUGAGGGAAGAUCUUCUUCUUCAGCUGACAAUGAACAAUUUUAUGUGAAUUAGCAGACCAUAUAAGAUAUAAAAUACCAAUAUAACCUCUAAAAUUUUAUAUUUUUUAAAGUUUUGAACAUAUAAAAUAUCAGUGUAACUUCUAAAAUUUUACAUUGCCUUCUUAAAUUUUAUUAUUUCUUAUUGACCAUUUAUAUUUUACUUUUAUUCUACUUAACCUCCUAUGUUUUAUUUCUAGAUCCACGACCUCUUAUGUUUUAUUUUUGGAUCCACGACCACUCAUAUUGCAGGUGACUAUGGAGAGGGAAAGGGUUUUUCAUGGAAGAUUUUCACCAGAAAAUGGUUUAAACUUGACUGAUUAAAGAAAUUUGACAGACUGAAUUGUUGUGCUAUGCUUGAUAGAGACAGAUUACUCAAAACAAAUAGCCUAGUAUCUCUUUUGGCAACAUAACUUCUCUAACCUGCAGAAUUUUGUAACAUUCACAAACUUAAUUUACCAAGCAUACGGUUAUACACAGUUAGUUUCAUCCACUCCAGAAAGAUUGUUGAGUCUCAAGUUUGGCUAGAUUUGAUCCGGGUCAAGUCUGUACACGGCCCAACUCAAGAACAGCUCAAAAUUGACAAACUAGGAAUGAGAAGAUCAACAUCAAGAGGAGCUAAAAAUUACGAGAUCGGAGUUGGGGGGAAGUUGUUGGAAAGAAGAUCAGCAGCAAAGAGAUAAAUCAAACAUUGGUCUGUAGCUAAGACUUUUGUGACCUCUCACCUGGUUUUUAUACUCGUGGAAAAUUUUCACUUUGAUCCUAAAACAAUUCUAUGAAUGCUUUAGUAAGUGGCAGGUUCUAAUGAUGCUUCUACUAAUGCAGACACCAGAGAUCAAGACAAUGAAAUUUCCAGUUUGGGCGAAUUAGGAAAUGACUUAUCACCCAAAGAGAUGAAAGUAGUUGAACUGGCAAUUGGUAUUGUGUCUGAGACACUUGUUGUCGUCAAGGAACUAAUCCGCAUGAUCACUGGUUUGCUGAAGCUGGAGAAUCCAGACAUUAAUGGUAAGCUUGUGGAUUCCUUGGAAAAAUUAUUGAAAUAAUGUCAAGGAUUUGGAGUACAGAUUGAUGAACUUGGAGCUUGUCUUUACCCCCACAAGAGGUUUCAGCUAUGAAGACUGUUGGAGAAAAUAUCUAGCUUUACUGACAAACUUCAGACAGAAGUAGAAAGUUUUAAGAGUUCUUUCUAAGUUUUUGUUCAGGUAUGCAAUGGUUCAAGGAAUUCAUUGAAACAAAUGGACUCCAAACUAGAUUGCUCAAGUACACCUGAUUUAGAAGUUAAAAUGCAGAAUGUGUCUGAGCAAAUUAGAGAGAGUGGGAGAGAAACAAGCCAAUGGUUUCUAUUGUAAUUACCAGUUCUGACUCUUCUGAGUUUCGCUAUAUAGAACAGCUUCAUUUUCUAUAAUAUUAGAUGCAAAAAUUCAAUC